AUGCUAUCGCAGGGAGUAGGGAUCGUCGCCUGGAAUUGUCUGUGUUGUCUUUGCAAUCGUUGCACUACCGUUGGGAGUCGUCGCGCUAUCAUUGAGAGUCGUCACGCUGUUGUCAAGCGUCAUCUCCGAGUAUCACAUCAAGUUGUCAUCGUCUGGCCAUGCCACGCAAUCGUCGAGGUCUUGUG